AGAUGCCACUCUAGGGGGUGGCGGGGGCCGAGUGGCGUGGGAAGGCGGCGUGCCGGGGUGCGGCCAUGAGUGGCACAGUGCGGACCGAGCCGCUGCGUGGGAAGCCGCCUCUGCUGAUGCCUGGCGGCCCCUACUCGGUGGUCGUCCUGCUGCAAGGCUACGCGGAGCCCGAAGGGGCCAAUGGCGCCGUGCACGCAGACGGUUCCGUGACCCUUGUCCUGCCCCGGGACUGGGCUCUGGUCUCCAGCCAUCAAGAGCGUCUUUGUGGGUGCGACCAGGCGAAGACGGCCCUGGAGGAGGCCGCCCGGGGCCCUAUCGUGGUGGACACGGGGGGCCCCUGGGCUCGAGAGGCACUGCUGGGGGCCCUGGCGGGGCAGGGCGUGGCCCCCGGGGACGUGACGCUGGUGGUGGGGACCCACGGGCACUCUGAUCACAUCGGGAACCUGGGGCUGUUCCCGGGGGCGGCUCUUCUGGUCUCUCACGACUUGUGCCUCCCUGGGGGCCGCUACCUCCCCCACGAGCUGAAUGAGGAGCGGCCCCUGCGCCUGGGCCCAGGCUUGGAGGUGUGGGCCACGCCAGGCCACGGAGGUCAAAGAGACGUGAGCUUGGUGGUGGCAGGUACAACCCUAGGGACCGUCAUCGUGGCGGGCGACGUGUUUGAACGCAGUGGGGACGAGGACUCUUGGCAAGCACUGAGCGAGGACCCGGUGGCCCAGGAGCGGAGCCGAAAGAGGGUGCUAAGCCUUGCUGAUGUGGUCGUGCCUGGUCACGGGGCACCCUUUAGCGUGGCCAGAGAAGUCUCCUAAUCAGAGACAGAGGAUUCAGGCAGAAGCCAACCAGAACCCGAUGUGGGAGACUAGGAGGCCACCCUGCAUGAUCGAGUACUGGGAAGGAGUUGGACUCUUGCCAGAAAAGCCCCUCGAAGCCCAGAAGACAAAGGCUUUGCAGCAUCAGCCAGGCUGGGAGAGGAAUCUUCCAGCCCUUGCAAGAGGGGGAUUUUCAUUGGAAGUAAGACACUGCCCUGUCCACUGCUGCGGACAGUAUCACCCUCUGCCUGCCUCUGAACCAGAGUAGGACCAAGGACUGGCCCUGCUUUAUGUGUGACUUCCCAGGGGCAUGGUACGAAAAGGGGGAGAACCUUCUUGUGAGGUCUGGCCAAAAGAAUAAAAAUUGAAAGCCCUAUUGGAAAUUACAUUGACUGUCCAAUGCAAAGCUGAAACAUUAUUGGUGGUUGUUCCGUACGUUCAAGUCAGUCUGCCUCAUAGUGAACCUGUCUAUGCACAACAGAAUGCAACACUGCCGAGUCCAGAGCCAUCCUCACACAGGUUGUAUUUGAGUCCCUUGUGGCAGCCACUGUGUCAAUCCAGCUCAUUAAAGGUCUUCCUCUUUUUCUCA